AUGUUUAAUAAAGUUAUAUUGUUGAAUGGAAACAAAUUUUCUGAAAGAUCAAUCCCUUCAAAUAAUGUUAGAAUUUAUUCAGCUAAGUUACUCAAACAAAUUGAUUGUCACAUUCCAUCAUAUUCUCAAGCAAUAGAUUGUUUGAAAACUAAAUCAAUUGAGGAAAUAAAAAAUGUAUUAAAUAGUAUGGUAUUUGAUGAAGUUGAUGGAAUUCCAUUUAAACCAUAUAAUGAAAAUAAAGAAAAACCAAUAUUAAAAAAGAAAUAUAAUAUUAUAUUAGGAAUAAGUAAAAAUAUAAUGUCAGAGUAUAUGUCUAUUGAUGAAUUUAAUGAAAAUUAUAGUUAUCGUGAUUUUAAAAUAUUUUUACAUAAACUAGUCAAUGAUAAUGAAAAUGUUAAUGCUCCUUUAAUUAGAAGAUUAGUUAUGCACGAAUAUUUAUAUGCAGAAGGAAACAAAUCAGACACAUAUUAUUUAUGGAAAGUUAGUAGAAAAAUUUUAAAUGAUAAAGUUUUUCGUUCACCAUUAAAAACAUUAGCAUAUGAUAUAUUAACAGUUGAUAAUAAAAAUAAAGUGUGGUUGUUAGAGUAUGAAAUAAAUAAUGCUUUUGAGGUAUGUAUAAAAUCAAACAUUCCAGAAUAUUUAGAAACUUUUUGUAAACGUUUAAAUGAAUAUAUUAUACGUUUUGUUAAAAAAGGUUCACCAACAGAAAAUUCAUGUAAUCCUGAAAAUCCAACAUUUCCACGAUUAGGAUCAACAAAAAGAAACUAUUAUUUAAUACUUCAUGAAGAUGGUAAAGUAGAGUGGGACUUUCCUUUUUAUCAAAGAAGAGUUACCUUGUGGAAUAAUUUAAUUCCAUUUAUGAAUAAAUUAGAACUGGUUGGUAAAAGGUUUCCAAUGGCAGACAUACAUAAUGAUUUAUUCAUUGAUCAAGAAAUCCCAAAUUUUUAUAUAGAAGAUGAUUAUCAAAAAUGGCAUAAAGACAUUACUGAAGGUCAUAUAGAAUUAUAA